UCCAGGUGCAGCGGUGGGGACAGCAGGGUCCGAGCCCGGGGCCCGGGACGGGGCUGGGGCGCCAUGGCCGAGUCCCAGCUGAGCUGCCUGGACGAGGCGCACGUGAACGAGAGGGUGACCGAGGCGCAUGCCGUCUUCUACUACUGCGAGAGGCGGCGGGCCGCGCUGGAGGCUCUGCUGGGUGAAGGCGAGCAGGCCUACCGCGAACGGGUCAAGAAGGAGCGGCUGCGGGACUUCCUCUCCAGCCAGGAACGCCAGGCCCUCUGCGCCGCCUGGAGCCCCUACGAGGAAGCUGUCUCCAACGCCCGUGCCAAGGCCAAGGCCCCGGCCGAGCCCGGUGAGUCCCUGGCCUACUGGCCAGACCGCUCGGACACCGAAGUGCCCCCGCUGGACCUGGGAUGGACCGACUCCAGCUUCUACCGCGGUGUGAGCCGAGUCACGCUCUUCACCCACCCGCCCAAAGAAGAGAAGGCGCCGCACCUGAAGCAGGUAGUCAGGCAGAUGAUCCAGCAGGCCCAGAAGGUCAUUGCUGUGGUCAUGGAUCUCUUCACUGAUGGAGAUAUAUUCCAAGACAUUGUGGAUGCUGCCUCUAAGCGCCGGGUCCCUGUAUACAUCAUCCUGGAUGAGGGUGGAGUGAAAUUCUUUUUGGAGAUGUGUCAGGGCCUAGAGCUUGCAGACUUCCGCAUUCGGAACAUCCGUGUCCGCUCUGUGACAGGAGUUGGGUUCUACAUGCCCAUGGGGAAGAUCAAGGGGACUCUCUCAUCAAAGUUCCUGAUGGUUGAUGGGGACAAAGUAGCCACCGGAUCUUACAGCUUUACCUGGAGCUCCUCCUACGUGGACAGGAAUCUCCUCUUGCUCCUGACUGGACAGAACGUGGAGCCCUUUGACAUAGAGUUCCGGGAGCUGUAUGCCAUCUCUGAGGAGGUGAACUUGUACAAGCACCUGGGCCUGGCAGGCAGGAUUGGCCUCACCUACUCCUCCACUGUAGCUCGAAAGCUUAUCAACCCCAAGUAUGCGUUAGUGGCAGGCACCCGCUGUCCUCCAGGAGAGAUGAUGCGCUGGGCGGCCCGGCAGCAGCGGGAAGCUGGUGGCAACCCAGAGGGGCAGGAGGAGGACAGUGGCGGUGGUGAGUCUGCCCGGCGUCUGGAGAGCUUUCUCAAUGACCUGGUUACAGUAGAGCAGGUAUUGCCCACAGUGGAGCCGAUCCCCCCAAGAUUGCUGAGACCUAAAGAUGGCAGGACGGUCUCUCACGCACACACAGACCUGAGGCACAAAUCCCGAGAGGCACACCCACAGAAUGGCAAGGGAGAAGCUGUCAAUGGAGAAGCCACCCCUGCCAAGGAGGGCAAACGCUUCAGCAGCAGGCUCUUCAGCCGGCGAGUGAAGAGGCCUGCAACGCCCAGCAACAUGGCCAGCUCCCCCUCCACUGAGACUUUUGCUGAUGUGGAGUUUCCUCUGGGAAAGAGGCACAAUGAGGGUUCCAGUGCCAACAUAUCAGGUAAAGGAAUAACCAAAGCCAGCAACUGUGUGAUCUCCUGAGCUGCAGAUAUUGGUGGGCAGGACCUGCAGAUGCCCACCCAUCUGGUCCUGUGCUGAGGAGAACGUGGCCUCUUCCUGCACUAGGUCACACAUCAGACCCUCAGCAGGCCUCCUACCCUGUAGCCUCCAUUCCAGUCCUAGUGCCAGAAUUCCAGACAGCAGGAUCUGAAUCUCAUCUCAGCAUCUAAACCAUCGCAUACCUGCAGCAGAACGUGGUGGUCUGACAAGGGAUGCCGCUACCUUGUUUACAUGAAGUAGAAGCCUGCCUAGAGUCUGCUUCCCUUGUUGCCAACCUGUCCUCCACUGGGCCAGCCCUCCCUACAGGUCCUUGGGUGGGACAAGGGCCAUUCUUUCUGCCUUGGUAGAACAAUGUCCAAAGCAGCCCAGCCACUUGGCCUUCUCCUUGGACAUCUGGUGCUGUGUAAUUUUCCAUACUCCAGAGGUUGUUGGGAAAAAGAGAAGAAGGUGGGACUCUGAGCCAGUCUUGCUCCAGGUAGAAGAUCCAGCUGGAACAGCUGGAAUAUUGGCCAUUAUGGCCUUACAAACACUCAUUCCUGAUAGCUCCUGAACUAGUCUCCUACUGGAAUUGGGGUGGGGACACGAAUUCUUCUGCCUCCCUCCAGCUAGUGGCAGGAUCUGACAGUGCUGGUAAAGAGCCCCUUUCCUUCCUCCACUGUAGCCUGCCUGAGUGCCCUGGGGCUCCCUGGCUGGUGCUGGUGAAAACCAGAGCUUGCAGUGCCUUCCUCUGGGCCUGCUCCUUUCAGUAGGCUUUUGUUUACAGACCCUGUGAGGAUGGGAGUGCAGGGGAGGAGCCUGGGCCCUGAGGACAAGAGCGUUUGGGUUCCUCCCAGCCUUCUUCACCCACUAGGGCUUCCUCCAUGAAACUUCAGCCAAAGACUAACCUUAGCCUCUUUCAGAAUUGCAGGCUGCUCUUAGAAGCCUGAGGUUCCCUAAAACAGGUUGGCUUAAUUGCUAGGACAAGCAGCCACCUCCCCUUACAGUGACCUGUCCAGGCUGAGGGAGAGUCAGCAUGACAUAGAAGACAUCAUCUGACCCUAGACUCUGGACAACCCUCCUGAACAGGCAGAAUGGCAGAGGGGCAGAGGGCCACACAGAAGACUUUCCAGGCCUCCAAACCAAGAUCUUGUCCCCUUUCCUUUCUAAAAAGACCUUGGGUACCACUAGUACCGGCGAGGGACAAGGGCAUCUGCAGAGGCAGCUGGUGAGAGACAGGGAGGGGGCACUGUGGACUACAGAAGUGGGCAAUACGUGGCAUCUUGUUCCUGUGUCUGGCCUCCCUGCUGGUGGGGAGGGAGAAGGAAAAUAAUGGAUGGCCUCAGUCCAGAGUCCCCUCUGUCCACCCUGAGGUUAGCCCCACCAUGGCUUCCCAAGCCUUUGUGAGGAUUAAACACUUCUGGUAAGUGCUUCCUGUUACAA